AAAUUGUAAACUUAUAUUCUAAAAAAUGGCUCGUACAAAGCAGACUGCUCGCAAAUCCACCGGUGGCAAGGCUCCCCGCAAACAGUUGGCCACGAAGGCUGCUCGUAAGAGUGCCCCAGCCACUGGCGGUGUCAAGAAACCCCAUCGAUAUCGCCCCGGUACCGUCGCUCUCCGAGAGAUUCGCCGUUACCAGAAGUCGACUGAGCUUCUGAUCCGCAAGUUGCCCUUCCAGCGCUUGGUCAGAGAAAUCGCCCAAGAUUUCAAGACCGAUUUGCGCUUCCAGAGCUCGGCCGUCAUGGCGUUGCAGGAGGCAAGCGAGGCCUACUUGGUUGGUCUGUUUGAAGACACCAAUUUGUGCGCCAUCCAUGCCAAGCGAGUUACCAUCAUGCCCAAGGACAUCCAACUUGCCCGCCGUAUUCGUGGUGAACGAGCUUAGACUAAGACUGCCCUUCGCUAGACAAAACGGUCCUUUUCAGGGCCACCAAACUGUUCUGAAAAGCCUGUCCAAGCCAGCUUUGGCACACCAUCAAAUCCAUUUUUCUGAUAUCGGUCUGUUUGUUAACGUGAUAUCCCGAUAUUUAGCCAUUCAAUUUUUGAAUCAAUUACCGUACAAACUUUACAUUUUAAACCAGGUUUUCCUUUGACACAUCGGAAAGAAAUGUUUCCAUUAUUUUUUAAACGAAUAUUCUAAUUAGAUGAGAUUUGUAAUUGGUUCAUGAAAUGAGAUUGUCAUUUUAAAUUGCAAAGGGAACAGCACUAAACCCUAUCAUGAGAUGAAUGAUUCUUUACAGUAGACCCAAAACCCUCGUUUUUUUUUUUUUGUGUAGUAAUCCCCGCAAGAGGGUACCCCUUUUCUGAGAGGGAAAACAGUCGACACCAGUGGUGUAUGGCUCUGCCCAGACCAAAACGCAAAUGCCACUGCUUGGCAUCACCAUAAGUCUAUUGGGAUAUACUUACAUGGGAGAGCUUCAGGUCUGGAUCUCGAGAUGGCGCUGAAGCUUGUUGGGACAGAAAUUUAUUCAACGGAAUUUGCGGGCCGCGUAAAAAAUACGCGAUAACUUGAAAUCGUGAUGCAUUUGUUUUAUGCUCCCGAAUCGGGAAUACGAGUUUGCGUCCAGCAUAAUACACAAAACACUAUCGAACUCCCUCUAGAACAUUCACCCAACU